CAGUGGCAGCAGUGCGUUUCAGUUUUGUGUAUUUCCCCAGCGGUAAUCGCUGCAGGUGGGGAGAGAUCACGUCCGUCACCGUCCCAGCUACAACAAGCACAUGCGAACCGUUUUGCAACGAACGCUUACGGACAUGUUCACGUAAUGUCUUCUCUGCAGAUCUGCGCUAGCCUAGCAUGCUGCUGGCAGUCCUCGCCGUGACCAGUGAGCCUCUGAGAGUGUGUACCACCUAGCUCAUGCCAGACCAGUGUGACGUUCAAGCUAGGCACCGAGCCGUGAGCACUGUGGCAAGGAAGAGACUGCCAUUCGUCACUAUCGAAAGAAGCAAUUGCCGAGAGCUAGAUGCCACUGGAAGGCCAAGAUUGUGGAGCUGCAAGCAACUGGAACACUCGAGUACUCUGCAGUGCUUGUUAGCGUUACUCUGGACUUGGUACGUGCUGGUGAGCAAGGCAGCAAUGAGACUGAGAGCUGGAAUAUCAGUAUGAUACAUGUGCCAGUAUGGUAGAGGCUCCCUGACUUCUUACUCUUACUUCUUAGUGAUAGCAGUGCUGCUGGGUGCCGGACUGUGAGUGUGACCAAGUCGUCCUUGUGAGCACUCGUCUACAGUACAGGUGGAUCGACCAGCAGAUGUACAUGUAUGUGACGGCUCCCGGCUGAUGCGGUGUGUGGUUCUCCUGUGCUUGAACAUCUGCCUAGCUGCAGGCUAGACUUACGUACACCGCAGCAUUGUCUCUUCUGACUCUGAGGCAUCCCGCAGCUAGCUCUCAGCCCAGCCUCUUCCAUCGACGGUGUUGCACAUGGCAGCUUCCGUCACCACUCCGCUGACGAGCGCACCGGACGGACUUCCCGGGGCGGCGGACGAUGGUGACGAACCCGCCGCCAGCGAGAGCAUUUUCGACCGCUUGCAGUCCGCUCGUCUCUCGGCGUUGAGCUCGUUCAUUGUGACGGAUAGCUCCGAUUCGGAGGACAAUGGAUCUAGAAGAGGCUGGCGAAGGCUAAUCCGUUUUGAGGACAUCAAGGUUCCGUUCGGCUGGCCUCUCUGGACCCUAAACCUGAUCCUCACCGUGUCCGUGACGCUUCUCCAUGUCGUGGAGAGCAUCACUCUGCCUCUGUGGAUCGGCAGCUACCCGCACCGGCAGUCCUCGGACGUGUUCGAGAUGGAGCAGCAGAUCGAGGAAGUGACACAGAAACGCAUGGCAGCAGCAGAGGCGCACCAGCAUCACCGGUCCUCGAGCAGCAGUGGCGGCGGUGGGCAUCACGCGGCCGCAAAGUCGACGCCGCACAACGUGACUGCCGUCAACCGACAAAUCGAUCGCCACUUCAGCACGGACCCGUUCUUCGUCCUCAGCUUCGCCAUGACGGUGUCGACUGUUGUGUACGGCUGCUCUCUUCUCUCCUACAACAUGUGCAGGACAAAAGGGAGCAGAGCUACCAAGUGGCAAUUCCUGCACCGGGAGGUCAUCCUGAAUGCACUGCUCACCGCCGUCCCCUCCAUUCUGGUCUUCUACUCGGCGUCGCCGCGUCGUACAGCUCCUCUCUUGCAAGCUGUUCUGCCACUGGCAUCCAUUCCUGCCACCAUGGUGUUAAGGUAUUUUAUACUGCGCAAAUAUCCGUCCUGGGCGCAGAUCGUAGCUGCCCUGCUCAUCGUCGCUGGUCUGAUCAUGUCGCUGGUACCCAACGUACUGACGUCUGGCAGCGUGGAGGAGGAAGCCGUCAGGGUUAAGGGACUGGCGCACGUCCUCUGGCCGAUUGCGUUCAUGCUGGGCCACGCACUCAGUGCUAUUCCAAACAUCUUCACGGAGGACAGCGUCAAGAGGCACGUCAAGGUGGCAUCUCUGCGCGUCAACAUCCUGGCUUUCAUCUUCUGGAUCUCUCUGUACCAGUUGAUGAUCUUGCUGCUGCUGUUCUGGACAGACUUUGUGCCCCAGUUUGGCACUGCACGCAAUCCAAUGGACUUCAUACGCAGGUGGUGGUUGAGCCUGUGCUGUUUCGUGGGCAGUAACAACUGCUCUGCUCGGCCGGGCAUAUCCGGCACGAUCUUCCUGCUGGCGUUUCUGUCCGAGAACUACAUGACGUGCUACUUGCUGCGCUACUGCGAGGGAGCUACUUAUGUAGCUAUAGCACAGGCCUUUCGCACACCACUAUCGGCGCUGUUCUGGACCCUGUUCAACGAGCAUCCGUUCCACUGGCAGCCACACGCCACCAAGGCAACGUGGUUCAGCUUCGGCGCUCUGCUUGUCAUGAUACCGGCGCUCUACUUCUACGAGUGGGCAGGCAGGAAACGAGGCAAGUACAGCGGCCGGUUUGCGCAGUGCCUGAAGUGACCAUGCAGCGGCAAUGACAGAGUGUGAUGCCACUAUCACCAUUGCUGCAGCCUGCUACUCUCCGAUCCGGUGGUAAUAAAAACACUGCUGAUGUUACCAAUUUCGAAUGAUGUCACCACAAUGGGCAUCAUUGCUAGCGACAUCAUCAGUGACAGCAUUAUCAUGCGGCUGCUGCAUGACCCAUAGCCGUCACUACAUCUUAUCCAUGAGGUUGCCGAGUGCAGUCCAGCACUAGUUCUUUUGACUUGAUAUUUUUUAUGUAGCAAAACACAAUUUUGCAACUUUUCAAUUUCAAUGCACCAUUUGGUAAAACACCUGGAGGCUGGAACGCAACAAUAGGUCUAGUUAGUAGGUCGGCACAUAAGCAUGUGCAGCCUGAAAUUAAUGCAGAUGAUCCGGUCUGUUGCCACCAUAAUUAUUUUGACAAUUAUCCAGCACUAACGGGGUCAUUGUUUUAAGUUUCUAGUUUAUGCCAAGCAAUACAUGGCUGGGGCAACCAAUAAUCAUCAAUGAAGUUACACACGCAAGCACACAGACACACACACAUCUAUCAUCUCGGAUAUAUAUAUUUCUGCCUGCAGGCUGACUGUCGGCGUAUUUAUUGGAAUGAAGAACGCCACUGCGGCCUAUUGUUGCCGUCCUGUCAA